CCCUCGAAAACCUGAAGCAAGUAGUAUGAGCUGAGUCAUUCAAACGCUGAAAGCGCACACUCCGCAGUGUCCGCACUCUGCUGCGCACACUCAAAACAGACAAUUUACAUAGAUAAGAAAAACCCCAUAGCCAAAGCGAGGAGAGAGAAACAACGCUUCAAAAAUGGCGAAUUUGAGGACAGCAAUGGACGCAAUGUUCUGGGACUUGGAUAUAGCUAGCACCCACAACCUAGAUGGUGUUGCCAAGGCCAUUCCUGGUGACCCUUUUCCUCUUGACGGUUCUAGAGCUGGGAAAGCCCUUCGUGUUCAGCAGCUUUCCAUUAUUGGCAAUGGCUUUCCUCUUGGAGUUAUCCCUUCUCUCUCUCCUAAUCCAUUCCAGAAGGAACUUGGUUCUUUUUCUCUCCAAUCCCUUUUUCUUCGCCCUUCUUUUGGUGACUGGUGGCUUGGAUUAGUUGGGCAGUUUCGUCCAAAGAAGUUGAUGGCUAACAUUAAAGAUGAGGUGGUCACAGCGCUCGGUGGUGAAGAAUUGCAAAUUCCAUCCUUUAAGAAUAUAUCAAAACAUGUCUUGGACAAGUCACUCUAUGCCCUGGCUUUAUGUACCCACAUCCCCAUCACAUCCUCUUCUUCCUUAUUCUUAAGCUCAGAAGCCCACGGUGAGAGGAAAGGACGCCGCAAUAAACUCCUGCUAUUUCAUAAGCUUCCCUAUCAUGACAUUACAUUCAACGCAGCAUGGCCUGAGCUGUUUAUUGACAGUGAAGGAAGGUAUUGGAAUGUUCCCGAGUCAAUUUCACUGGAUUGUUCGUCUAUGGUAUCUGAAUCAGGAUUACGGUAUCGUUUUGGGGUACACAAGAAUGGUGGUAAACCUGAAGCUGUUGUUAGCUCAACAGAUAGUGAUGCACCUGCUGCUUUGUUGCCUGGGUUAUGUGCCAAAGCUGCUUUUUCAUAUGAGAAAAGCAAGGAUUUAUGGAGGCAAAAGGAGACAGAUGAGGAUCUAAUCAUAAAAACCGAGAUGGGGAAGUUCUGGAGGCCUGCAUAUGAUGUGCGCCUCAAAGAACCUCAUGCAUCAAUUUCAGCCUUUAUAGGUGGCAACUUGGGUGCCUGGCUUCAUGGUGAAGACAAGAUAUCAAAGCUUGCAUCAGGAAGAGAUGGUGAUGAUGUUCCUUUAAGUUCCAGGAAAAGGAGUCCUGUCUUUGCUGACUUAUUUGGUUCAUUAUGCUAUACAUUCCAGCACGGAAAGUUCAGAAAGCAAUAUGGGGAUCUAACUAGGGUUGACGCUCGUUUGAACAUCAAUUCCGCUGCUUCUUUUGCUAAAAGUAUCUCAAGCAUGUUCAGGCAUAGCUCAACUGCUCACCAGGAUAACUCUGCAUCUCUUCCUAGACUCAAUCUGAUCUUCCAGCAGCAGGUUGCAGGCCCAAUUGUAUUCCGCGUUGAUACCAAGUGUGUAGUCGACUCACCAUGGAAAAAUGGGUUGCAAAUUGAGGAUUUCAUGUACAGCUUGAGUUAUUCAUUGCGGCUCUUACGUUCAGGUAAAGUUGUGGCAUGGUAUUCACCAAAGAGGAAAGAGGGCAUGAUCGAGUUGAGAGUCUAUGAAUUUUAAUUCCCAACUCCGAAGAUUUUGUACUACCUUCAACUAUCUCAGAGGAAAGAAUUUUGUCCAAAAACAUAACAUGUUGUUAGGUUAGCUUAGCGCCGUGUACAAAAUCUUGGGUAAUUAAUAUUUUGUCGUUGUUUUGUGUUAUGGACUUAUGGCAUCAACGCCAGAAUUUUGUUGCUCUGAAUUAGGUAUUGUUAUAUGCUUAGAGCCCCUUAUAUUGUGUUCUGUAAUGUUUGGUUGACCAUAGAAAGUAAAAAGUUCAUAGGAAGAUGAUUUUCACAUA